AUGGCAAGAAUGACAACAACGGUCGAAGGAAUUAGUAAGCCGCCAAGUGCAAUUUGUAGCGGAUUUAUCGAUGUUCAUGGUGUGUGGAAUAAUGGUUUCGAAUGUCCGAUUCAGCAACUUGUUCAGUAUUUCUGCUGCGGCUCAGAUAAUUAUCACUAUUGUUGUACACCAGAACGUUUCUUAUCGGAUAUCAGUUCUUAUAAUGAUCAGAUUCUUAUCUCUGGCCAAUAUCAACCAUCCGAUUACAAUGCUUUUAAUCAAACAAGGGCACCAUCGUUAGUUGACCAUUCAAAAAUUGUCAAUAAACAAUUUGAACAAUUUCAAAAAAUAUUUCUACCAAUUUUUCUUCUCACAUCAAGUGUUCUGUUUCUUAUCGGACUCGCUAUAUGGUUUUGGUUAUACAAGCACAAAGCAUUCUAUGCCACUGAACGAGAUUAUGAUAGUGAGUCAAAUACCGUUAGAAGAAAAACAUCGCAAUCAAUACGAAAUGAAGUGGACGUCAACAGACAAGAUGAUUCUCCUGCAUCGAUCGAACAAUCUCGACGGACAUCAUAUCCAACAACGGAAGUUUGA